AUGGUCACCAAUCGACUUUUGCGCGCUACAGGCUGUGCGAGCUGUCGAUUAUCGUUACUGAAGAGUUUCACAUCUAUUGGAGGGAGUAAUAUCCGAUUAACACAAACCGUUCAGCGGCCACGAAAUUAUUCGCGACUUUCUGGUCAUCAAGCUCGAUUGUUCUCCAAGCAGGCCGCCCGCCGACAAGACGACAAGGAAGCUAGCGAUCAAGAUGGAAGAGUCGCGGAAUUCCUUAAUCAAGACGACCUCGAACAACAGGAAUUAGAAAGAUCUGAGAAGCAAGCACUCGAGGAACAAGAUGGUGUUGAGAACGAUGUGCUGGAGGACGAAUUGGAGGAGUCAACGGUGUCAAUAGAGUCCGCUGAUAGACCACAUGAGAUAUCAGCAGUGCCGUGGUAUCUCCAAGUCAAAUCACCAGAAAAAGCCAUAAAACCGCUAUCAGAAAGGCAGCGCAUACCAGAUCUACCAAUAAAUCCUCCUCCCAUUCUCGACCCUCUUCUUAAAACAGUGUCCCUCCACUUAGGCAUUGACGACCUCACCCUGAUUGAUUUGCGAAAACUCGAUCCACCGCCGGCACUGGGAGCGAAUUUGAUCAUGAUCAUUGGCACGGCGCGGAGUGAGAAGCAUUUACAUGUGUCCGCGGACAGGUUGUGCCGAUGGCUACGAAGCAAUUAUAAACUCCGACCUAACGCGGAUGGGCUGCUGGGAAGAAAUGAGCUGAAGCUGAAGUUAAAACGAAAGGCAAAGAGGGCGAAGCUUAUGGGACGUGUUCAGGACGAAAACGCCGAUGAUGGAAUUCGAACUGGAUGGGUUUGCGUGGACGUGGGUGUUGUCGAAGGGGCGGAGGGUUCGGAACCUGUCGUAGAGAAUAAGAAUUUUGUUGGAUUUGGCAGAAAAACGGACGGCGUGAGAUUGGUUCUACAAAUGCUCACGGAACAGAAGAGGGAAGAGAUGGAACUGGAGCGGCUUUGGCAAGGCAUUCUCCACAGGGCAACACAACCCGUUAUUGAGGAUGGAGGGGAAGAGGUCAUUACGGAGGGUGCAGGGGAAGGCUCAAUCAUUUCUUCUUCUGCCAUAACAAAUUCGACAGCCAGAUCGAGCUCAGGUACCACAUCACCAGGGCCAACCAAACGGGAGUAUCAUACGAGUGCACGAAGACUCCAGACUGCACAUGUAAAAAACAAUACCAGCACUUCAAAUCUCGAAGGUUCAAUAGGAAAUGAUACGAUCAGCGACCCAAACACCCUCUACAACUCAAUUUCGGAUUCAAUGGCCGCGGGCCAGUAUGAAAAGGCUAGGACAACGUUAUUAGAUGCUAGUGAUCACAUAAAAGCGCUUACAGGUAAAGAUUGGAGGGCUAAUUUCCAGGAAUUGUUAUUCUCCAACGCUCAGAGCCUUUCGGUGGAAGGAGCUCGCGAGUGUUUAGGCAGUGGGUCCGCUGACUACUCGUCAACUCCCUUUCUCACUUCUUUCUAUGGAUCUCUGACUACGCUUCCGACCGCAGCUGAAGUAGACGCAAGAGUCUGGUUAUAUUCCUGGGCCCAAUCGGUUGGUCAUCCAGGAUACAAAGCCUCUGGUCUCAAAGAUCUGUUUUCUGAGUUACAAACAUCCGGAGCAGAAAUAUCUUUACUAGCAUACAAGCAAAUCCUACGUGGACUUUUAACUCCAGAGCCUAGGAAGGAUGGCACACUGGCAACCUCACAGUCUGCGCUAUUAGGUUGUACGGAGGUGCUCCAAAGUAUGCACAACCGAGGUUUUCAGAUCCUGGAUGAAGAUCUACUUGUCAAGCUCCAAGAAGCCGCCACAAUUCCUAUGCCCGAAGAAAUCUCGAAUCUAGAAUUGCAGGAAUCUACAGAUACUUACCACCUCCCCAGCACUCCCGCGACUCCCAUUCAGCGUCGUCUCCAUCUCCUAAUGAUGUCUCUAGACCUCCCUUGUUUCCGAGACGAAACGAGGCUCCGUCUCCUCAAUCUCUACAGAGCACAAAAGAACUGGCUCGAAUUCUGGGACACUUGGAGAAUGGCACCCAAACGAGGAGUUGCUCAAUCACCUCUCCUCUACGCAUUCAUGUUUGGAAGCGUGGCACAGACCAGACAUCAGAAUGGAUGUAUGAACGUCCUUCGUACUUGGACGCCAGAAAUGGAUCUCGAGGAUCCGCCUGUUUUGAAGGAGGGCCAGGUUGCGAAGGCGAUGAGGGCUUGUAUUAAGAUUGUCGAUCCAUUUGUCGAGGAAGCUCAUAAUGCAGAGUCCGAGGCGAAAAACGAGUGGGUUAGUUUGUGGAGAAAGUGCCAGCCUGAGAAGGGCGAGCAGGCGUUGUUAUCUGGCUAG